UUCUAUGAUGAUCAGCACAGAAUGGCCCAGAUCUCAAGAUCUAAAUGACAACAACUGGGCAUAUCUUAUAAAUCUUAGACUCUUGUCUAGUCUAGGUCUUAUAUUUGGAGCGUUGUAGCCUAGAUCUAGAUCUAGCUAGAGUCUUAGACACAUUUUUUACAAUGUCCCCUAGAUCUAGAUCUGGUUGACAUGAAACAUAUUAUUUAUUAAAAAAUUAAAUACAAACCAGGAAACUGGGACAGGAAACCAAUCUCAGAAUCGAGGAUUCUUCUACUUACUAGAUCUAGUGACUCAGUGAGUUACUAGAUUCUAGAUCUAGAUCUAGAUCUAGAAAUCUAGAAAAUCUAGCCUAACAGUAACUAUUACAAGUGCUUUUGUUUUGCUACUAUAGAGUGGAAUUAAAAAGCAUGAUGCCAUAAAGGAGUUAACAACUAAACAAACAACCAGAAUGGAGUAUAUAACACAUCCUGCAUCUGCUGCCUAUUCAUCUAUUACAUCUGCCUUUUUCAAUUUAUUCUCAAGAAAAGAAUCAAUUUUUAAAAGGCCUGAACAGCUUAGAAUAUAUUUAGUUACCUGGAAUGUUAAUGGAAAACCACCACCUGACAAUUUUACUGAUCUCCUUCAACUCAAAGCAGACCCCUUGCCUGACUUGUAUGCCAUUGGAUUACAAGAGGCUGGCUCACACAACUGGGAUGGUGCCUUGUCUUCUGCCCUUAAACCUCAUAAUUAUGUUAAGGUCAAAAGUCGACAGCUGGUUGGAAUAUUUACAAUUGUGUAUGUUAAAAGAAGCCGCUUACCCUGGGUGACCAGUGUGGAGUCUGAACUUACAAAGACAGGAUUUGGUGGAUAUUAUGGUAACAAAGGAGCCUCCAGUAUACGGCUGGAUAUCUUAGGGACAAACUUAAUAGUUGUCAAUUGUCACCUGCCUGCACAUCAGGAGAACAUAAAUGACAGACUCUCAAAUGUUGAGCAAAUUUUGAGUUCACAAAAGUUUAAAGAUCAAGACAGUGACAAUAUAUUGGAUCAUGAUUAUGUAUUUUGGAUGGGAGACACUAACUUUCGAGUUGAUAACACACCAUAUAAGAAAGCUGUUGAGUUGGUCAAACAGAGGAAAUAUGAUGAGCUCUUACAGCAGGAUCAGUUGAAGGCAGUCAUGAAAUCAGGACUACUCUUCCCAGACUUUAAAGAGGGGAAUAUUGAUUUCGCACCCACAUACAAGUUUGACCCAGGAACUGAUACAUAUGACACAAGUUCAAAGCAGCGAGUCCCAUCCUACACGGACAGGAUUCUAUACUUCUCCCAUGAUACAACCUACGGGGACAUCAAGGUCCAAAUUGAACAGUUGCACUAUAGGAGUCAUCCUGCGUAUAAACAGAGUGAUCACAAACCCGUCUCCUCUCUCUUUCAGUUUAAUGCGCUGUCCAAAAACUACCCCAAUCUAAUAACCUUUGUAUCACAAGAAACAACGUGGAAUAAGAAGAAGGACAACAUUAUACGAUAUUCUGCAAGGAAAGAUUUCAAAAUUUUGUCUGGUGAUUGGAUAGGAUUAUAUGAGGAAACAUUCCAAGAUUUUGACUCAUUUGUCACCUACAGCUGGGCUGGUAGUAGGCCACAGAGUGACAGCUCCGCCCCCAUUUCUGUUGUAUUUGCCAGUAGUCAAUUGACUACCCUGCCACCAAAAAAAUACGUCCUUUGCUAUUUAACAAAAAAGGGCUCUCUUUGUGGUGUUAGCCAGCUUAUAACAAUAGCAUAGUCCUAGUAAUCAGGUGACUGCUGUGGAUACAAGAACAAAACAAUUUUGAUUGUCUACCAUUGUGAAUGAGCUGAAGCCACCCCUUGCCAUUAGUAGUGAUUUUGUAUGAAGUACACCAGUUUUUUAACUUUGAUUUGGAUACAUUGUUUGACUGUUACAUUGAUUAGUACAGGGUAUAUGUAACCAUGGUAUACUAUAGCAGCUAUAGGAGAAAUGGUUAUUUUUUUUUUGGAGAGUAAAGUAAUUUUAAUUUAGUUUAUCACUAUGUGGUAAAUUUUAGUUUUUUUUAAUCUUACAACCAUAUGAAAAACUAAUGUAUCAUCAGUACAUAUUUUAGGUCAAGGUGCUUUUUUUUACCUUUAUUUUUUUUUUUGUGUCCUUGCUUAUUUUGUAAACAAUAGUUUUAAAUAUUUUUUCGUUAAAGAAUCUUUUUAUUGCCACUUUUAAAGUUUUAGGUUGCAAAAAUAUAUUUACUACUAUAUGAGUUUUAAUUAGAACAUCAUAAAAAUUCUUAAGCCAAAAAAAAAACAAAAUCAUGUACAUUUAAAUUUUUAAAUUUAAAAUUAUUUAUUUUUCACUUUUAAAGCUAUACUGAAAUUAAAAUAGUUUAUGCUGUAUUGCAAAUAAUUUUUAUUUAGAAGUGAUAAUGAGUUAAACGACUUUGUACACAAAUCUAUAUUUUUCAAUGAAGAAAAGGAACACAGCUUACACUCUUUGCUACUCAUAUAUUGUGUUGACAUAGCAUAUUUGAUAAAUGUGUCACAUGACCUGAAGCAGCAUUAGUAACCAUGUAUUAGCCUGACCUGUGACCUUUAUCCUACAUGUGCAUCAUUAUGUUGUCAUACCAGUAUAGAUCUCACAGCUGUUAUCAAACAGACCAGCAGUACUUUUAUAACUGUCUGUUUUGUAUAGAGAUAUAAAAUGUUGUACUUACAGGGUCUGACUAUUGGAACUUCUAAUCUUUGUCUCAUGUCUCACAUACGCUAAUCAAGAUCAAUAAUAUAAGAGAAUAAUAUAACAUAAUAACCACGUAACCUAAGGCAUUUGUUGUUACAUUUUUACUUAUAAUCUCAGACUAUUUUUUUUUAAUGUGAUUAUCUGGGAAAAAAAGACACCUAAUGGUAAAACAGUUUUUAAAAAAUGUAAAAAUUAAAUAAUUUUAAUAAAUUUUUAUUUACUUUGUUUCAUGAAAAAUUGACUAUAUGAAACUGCUGAAAAUAUGCACAACUUUAUUGGCAUUCAUAUUAAUGGCUGUAAUUGGAUUUAAUUUUAAAAUCAAAUUUUUUAAAAAUAGUUUUUAGAUGACAUAUGAGAACUGUUUAUUGGUUCUCUUUUAAAGCUAGAUCUAAUGUUAACAGUUUCAGUUGUUUGUGUUGUGUAUGUAGAAUCUCUAUGGUCUAUUUGUAUGUCAAAGAAUAGCAGAUUUUCCCCACAUAUCUUGACACUUUUAAAAAUGUUAUCUAUAUGAACCAAAAUUUUCAGGCAGCUUUUAAAUAUAAACAAUUUAAUUUUUUAAACUGCAUUCAAAUAGUAAUACAUAUCUUUUUUUGUAAAUUAACCUAAUUUUUUGUGGUUUUAUUUUUUUAACUUAUAGGUCUAAUUGUUUGUGGUCACCAUCUUAGGAACUUGUGCUAUAUAUAUUUUGUCUUUUUAAUUAAGAAUAUGAAUUUUUUCAUUUACUAACUUGAUUAUUUUCAUUUUUUUUUUGCAUCUGAAUUCAAUUUUCCUGCUUUUUUAUCUUUAAAAAAUUAGAGUAGUUGAUUGUUUAUUUUAGAUAGAAGUGUUGUUUAAAAUAGCCCACAAUUAUAAUGAAUGAUAAAAAUUGUUUUAGGAAAUGAAGUAGAAAAGAUGCAUAGAGUUUUAAAACAUUUUAGAAUAUCCUUACCGUUGUUGUAUACAAGUGUGUUAAACCUCAGAAAAUUAGGUUUUGAAUAUCAUUUCAUAAUCUUUUUGUUGCAAAAUUUUUCUAUUUAUGUUGUAAAGUUGAUAUUAGAUAAAUAGAAGAAAUUAUUAAUAACAACCUCUGGAGGCUGAAACCACAUUAAAUAUUUCUUUCUUAACAUACACAUAUAAUGUUUUAUUAUAUGUAUGGAUAUACUUUUUGCAUUUAUAUAUAUAUAUAUCAUAUUAAUAUGCGCUCACUGAAAUUUUUUUUAAUGUCUUUUACAAUAAAGCACAAAAUUGGUAAAACAAAAUAUUCUAUACAUUUGCUGUAUCAUUUUUUUUAGUUCAGUUUUAACUUAGUUUUUUUUUCUUAAUUUUCAUAUUUUUAAUUUGUUGUACAUUUGCUUUUAUUUCUGUUGAAUUUUAUUUGGUCCUUGUAUAAAAUAGAAUGCAUUUGUGAUAAAUGGGCUACUGAAGUAGAGCUGUUUAAAAAUCCUAAUGGUUUAAGUAUCAAAAUCAAGCAUUCUUUAAAGGGGAUUUUACAUGUUACUUUUCGUUAUUUACAAUUGUGAUAUAAAAAUAAAUAAAUUUCACUCAGUACUUAUUAACUACCUUAUGAAAGAUUACCAAUAAAUGCCAAGAAUUUUUUUUUUGCCUUCCCUAAGUUAAAGUUAAAAUGUUAUUGUUUAUAGCCCCUAAAAAGGUAUAAAAUAGUGUAUUUUUAUAGUCCAUUAUAAAAAUACAAAAUAUUUUGAAUAUAAAAACUUGAAUAAUUAUAUUAUUAAUCAUGUAUAAUUGUUCAAAAGUUGUUUCAAAUAUAUGCAAACUAUCUUUAACUAUUUUAUUAUAUUAUUCUUUGUUGCUGUGAUAAGCUUGCCUCUGUGCUAUACAAGUCAGUCUGUUCUGUAUAAUAAACUGGUCUAAUUGCUUUACACUCACCUCAGCCUCCUAUUUAUUCUAUUUAACAAUCUUUUGCCUGCUCAUUUCUAAGUCUAAAGACUAGUUUUGUAUUGCUCAAUAAAUCUUCUGUCCCUGUACUGGGUGUUGACCUGAUUUAUUUGUCUUGUCUAUUUUGCCCAACUUUCUGGUGAUAGAGGAUGAUCACAUUUAAUAAAUACUGCAGUGUAUUGCAUAAAACUUGUAGAUAUCUAGAAUAAUUUUGUUUUGUUUUUAACUUUGUAUUUAAAGAUAAUUUAGAAAUUGUUAUAAAAAAUAUAUAAAACCUUUGUCUCUGGGCUGUCUCUUUUACACUGUGUUAUUGCCUGCAUAGAUUUAUAGAAUUUUUAAUGUUAACUUACCUGUUUUUAUCUUUAUGCAUUUUAAUUUGAGAAUCAUUCUUCUAGCUUGCAAUGAAAAAAUAAAUAUUUUUAAUAAAAGACUUAUUUUCCUGC